UACUAGCAUUCCUGGUUGGUCACAGUACCAUAAGUCUAUUUCUGAUGCCUUAUCUCAACGUGGAUCAAUUCUGUCCUGUAUUUGAGAAGUGGUAAUGGGGUACUCUUCUUCUACCAGGUCCCAGGUCCUACUUUCUCCCAUAACCGUCUAGCGAGUUGAAAUGCCCAGCUUAACCUUGCCCGAGUGUGAGCGCUAUAUCCAGCCCCCAGCAACAAAGGAAGACUUAGAGUUUGCGGACCUGGCUAUCAUUGACCUUUCCAAGGCUCACACACCGGAAGGACGAGCAGAACUCUAUCCACAACUUCGGGAUGCACUGCGCACCUACGGCUUUGUUUAUGCUAUCAAUCAUGGUUAUAGCCAGGCUCAGCGUGAUAGGAUCUUUGACAUAGCUGACGUCCCUUUCAAUGUUGUCCCUCCGGAAGAAAUGAAGACAUAUACCGCGAAUAUUGAGAAAGUCGGGUAUUAUGCAGGUUUUAAAGGUCGUCAAUUUUGGAAAGUCGACACGGAGAACAACAUUCUCGAUCAGAUCGAGCACUAUGGAAUUAACAAGGACGUCACAAGGCGUCCGCACCCUCAGGCCUUGCGACCGUUCAUCCCAGAAAUCGAUGCCUUCGUCCGACACAAUCACUUUAACAUUGUCCACCCAAUUCUUCGCUUGAUCGCUUUAAGCCUUGAGUUGCCUGAGGAGACUCUAGUGGAAAAACACAACUUUGAUGGCACGGGAGAAUCAUGUGCCAGAUUGAUGAAAUAUUAUAGGCGCUCGGAGGAGGAAGAGGAGAAAUCCAAGAAUGUCUGGUUGAAGGGCCACACAGACGUUGGCAGUGUCACCGUUUUGUGGAGCCAACCUGUCGGAGGCUUGCAAAUUCAAGCUCCUGGCGGUAGAUGGAAAUGGGUCCGACACAUCGAGAACGCUUUGGUCAUCAAUACAGGCGACAUGAUGGGUUUCUUCACUGGUGGAUACUAUAAGCCCACGAUCCACCGCGUCGUCCAGCCUCCUGAGGAUCAGCGCAACUACGACCGUCUCGGCGUAUUCUACUUUUCGAUGCCAGAUGACAACGUUCGCUUACUGCCGUAUGUUGAGAGCCCGGUGCUUCACCGCGUCGGCAUCCAGCGCCGGUGCCCUGACGAGGAUGCCCCGCUGUGCAUGACAUGGAGGAAGGGAAGGACAACGACGUAUGGUAGGUCUGAUCUCAAGAAGGGAACAGAGCAUAAUGUCGAAGAAGAGGUUAUUGAGGGUAUUGUGGUGAAACAUUACAACUAAGGAGUCGCGGACUGCAUCUCUCUCGAAAUCAGUACGAUAUCUCGGUCGACGUAUCCUGUA